AAGAAAAUUAUGAUUAUUGCGCAAAGAUGUCACUCUGAGAGCUAAACCUGAAGAAGGAUCUCGAUACUUGAUCGUUUUUGACGGAAAAUUGAAGUUUUGCGGGUUGAUCACGAAUAGUGAAUUACACGUGAGAAAUAUCUUUUAAUUUUGAUAAAAGAUCAUGGCUAUGCACAUACCAAAAGCACCGGGCAUGUCCCAAAUGCUUAAAGACGGAGCACGUUAUUUCUCAGGCCUAGAGGAAGCUGUAUAUAGGAAUAUAACAGCGUGCAAGGAAUUUGCUCAAACUGUGAGAACUGCUUAUGGUCCAAAUGGGAUGAACAAAAUGGUGAUCAACCACAUUGAAAAACUGUUUGUUACCAGUGAUGCAGCUACGAUCAUUAACGAACUAGAAGUUGAACACCCAGCUGCUAAAUUAAUAGUUUUAGCAUCAAAAAUGCAAGAAGCAGAAGUUGGGGAUGGUACUAACUUUGUCGUCAUUUUUGCUGGAGCUCUCUUAGAAGCUGCAGAAGAGUUACUUCGUUUGGGUAUUACUACAUCUGAGAUAGUUGAAGGAUAUGAAGCCUCGUUAGAAAAAGUUUUGGAGAUAUUACCAUCGUUAGUUUGUUACGAGGUGAAGGAUUAUAGAGAUGAGAACCAAGUGAAAGUAGGAAUUAAGUCAUCUAUCAUGAGCAAACAAUAUGGAAAUGAAGAUGUCCUCACUUCCCUUGUCGCAAAGGCUUGUGUGUCUAUCUUGCCAGAAAACACCACCUUCAAUGUGGAUAAUGUACGCGUUUGCAAAAUACUCGGAUGUGGUUUAUCCAACUCUGAAGUGGUACAGGGAAUGGUGUUCAAACGGCAUGUUGAAGGAGAUGUGACUAAGAAAGAGAAUGCGAAAAUUGCUGUCUACACCUGUGCCGUGGACAUUGUGCAGACCGAGACGAAAGGAACAGUUUUAAUCAAGACCGCAGAUGAACUGAUGAAAUUCUCCAGAGGAGAGGAAUCCAUGUUAGAAUCUCAAAUAAAAGCAAUGGCCGACAGUGGAGCUAAUGUAAUCGUCUCUGGAGGAAAGUUUGGUGAUAUGACAUUGCAUUAUAUGAACAAGUAUAAUUUAAUGGCUGUUCGUAUACCUAGCAAAUUCGAUGUUAGGAGAUUAUGCAAAACUGUUGGAGCUACCGCUCUGCCGAAACUGACCCCACCAACGAAGGAAGAAUUAGGAUACGCUGAUACAGUAUAUAUCGAUGAAGUUGGAGACACCAUAGUCGUGAAAUUUGCAUUACAUGGCAAAGAUAGCCGCGUCAGUACUGUGAUCGUUCGAGGAUCAACUGACAAUUACAUGGAUGACAUCGAACGCGCUAUCGACGACGGAGUGAAUACGUUCAAGGGAAUAACGAGAGACGGGAGAUUCGUUCCUGGAGCAGGCGCUACUGAAAUUGAACUCGCUGCGCAACUUAGUGUGUACGCGGAUACAUUAUCAGGUUUAGAACAUUACGCAGUGCGGAAAUUCGCAACGGCACUAGAAAUGUUCCCAAAAACUUUGGCGGAAAACAGCGGAAGUUACGCGUCCGAACUUUUGUCGAAACUAUAUGCUGCGCAUAAGGAAGGGAAGAAAAAUUGCGGUUUCGACAUCGAGCAAAAGGCAGGACUUAUAGAUGCGCUGGAUGCCCAAAUUUUAGACUUGUUCUUAAUGAAACAGUGGGGUUUAAAAUAUGCUGUUGGUGUUGCGUGCACCAUACUUAAGAUUGAUCAAAUUAUUAUGGCGAAACGUGCGGGUGGACCAAAAAUGCCCGGCGGUGGAGUUCGCGAUGACGACGAGUGAUGAAAAUAAACAGAAUUAUUCAAUUAUUCAUUAUUUCUUACGUCUAACUUAUAACAUUGCUAUCAGUGCAUUACGUUUCAUGUUAAACAGUAUCUAUUUGUAAAGAAAAUCUGCAUUACAUGUUCUACAGCUUUUUUAAUGAAUUUAACGAUAAAUUAUAUUGAAAUACUA